AAAAGGAAGGGCCCGGAAGGCGCCGUUGGUUCUGUUCCUUUGCUCCAAACCCUUGUGGUGCUACCUCUUGGUCUCUGUCCCGAGUGCCCAGUGCGGUGCUCCCGCGUCAACCUUCCCUUGAGACUCGCAGGCGUGGCGGCUGCCACCCCUCGCGGAAGUGAGGGGCGCGCCCCUCCAGGGCCCUGCGGACCCCGAGCCUCCAUGGGCCGGACCCGGAAGGCCAAUGUGUGCCCCAGGCUGAGUCGCCGUGCUCUGGGCUUCUACACACGCGACGCGGGCGUGGUGCAGAGGACGAACCUGGGCAUCCUGCGGGCGCUGGUGUGCCAGGAGAGUACUAAAUUUAAGAAUGUUUGGACAACUCAUUCCAAGUCACCUAUAGCCUAUGAGAGAGGAAGAAUAUAUUUUGACAAUUACCGGUGCUGUGUCAGCAGUGUUGCAUCAGAGCCAAGAAAACUUUAUGAAAUGCCAAAAUGUUCCAAAUCAGAAAAAAUUGAGGAUGCUUUAUUAUGGGAAUGCCCAGUGGGAGAAAUACUUCCUGACCCGUCAGACUAUAAAUCUUCACUCAUAGCACUGACUGCUCAUAAUUGGCUGCUUCGUAUAUCAGCAACUACAGGGGAAAUCCUAGAGAAAAUAUACCUUGCUUCCUAUUGCAAAUUCAGGUACCUGAGCUGGGACACUCCUCAAGAGGUCAUCGCAGUGAAGUCGGCGCAGAAUAAAGGCUCUGCAGCAGCUCGGCAGGCAGGCACUCAGCCUCCUGUUCUGUUGUACCUCGCCGUGUUCCGGGUCCUGCCCUUUUCCCUUGUAGGGAUUCUAGAGAUCAACAGAAAGGUUUUCGAGAAUGUCACAGAUGCUACCUUGUCACAUGGAAUCCUGAUUGUGAUGUACAGCUCAGGACUAGUCAGGCUCUACAGCUUCCAAGCCAUCAUCGAGCAGUUCAUGCAACAGAAACUUGACUUAGGGUGUGCAUGCAGUCAGGGCGGGACUACUGGGACUGUAGGAGAGGCUCCUUUUGGCAUUCCUUGUAAUGUUAAAAUCACAGACUCACCACCUCCACUCUUUGAAGUUUCAUCCCUGGAGAACGCAUUUCAGAUUGGAGGCCAUCCUUGGCACUACAUCAUCACGCCUAAUAAGAAGAAACAAAAGGGAGUUUUCCAUAUUUGUGCCCUUAAAGAUAAUUCCCUGGCAAAAAAUGGAAUCCAGGAAAUGGAAUGUUGUUCACUAGAAUCUGACUGGAUCUAUUUCCACCCUGAUGCUUCUGGAAGAAUAAUACACGUUGGCCCAAAUCAAGUCAAAGUCUUGAAGCUGAGUGAAGUAGAAAAUAAUAGUUCUCAGCAUCAGAUCUCUGAAGAUUUUGUCAUUUGGGCCAAUAGAGAAGACAGAAAGGAAAACUUAAUCACGGUUACAGCUUCUGGACGUGUGGUGAAACGAAAUGUCAACCUUCUGGAUGAUGACCCAGAACAGGAGACUUUCAAAGUCGUGGACUAUGAAGAUGAGUUGGACUUGCUUUCCGUAGUGGCUGUCACUCAAAUAGAUGCAGAAGGGAAAGCUCACCUGGAUUUCCACUGUAACGAGUAUGGAACCUUACUCAAAAGCAUCCCACUAGUGGAGUCAUGGGAUGUGACAUAUAGCCAUGAAGUCUACUUUGACAGAGAUUUGGUGCUGCACAUCGAACAGAAGCCCAACAGGGUCUUCAGCUGCUAUGUUUACCAGAUGGUCUGUGACCCUGGAGAAGAAGAGGAAACUGUCAACAGAAGUGAUUAAGACAGUGAGAUCAUCAUAACUUGAAACAUUGGUAAAACCUCAAUCAGCUGUGUCUAGUCCUCAUUAUCUGCAUGGAACAUUCUACAGUAUUUUCCAGAACAGGUCUUGUGCUAGCUUCAAAGGACUAGGUUAUACUCACCACAUACAGUGGUAAGGACUCCAUCUGAUGUAAAUGCUCUCUAGGAUGCUGUCCCAAGAGACCCAGCAUUUUGAAACUUCGAUUAGGUGCUAAUGUGAAUAUAAAAUGCUAGGGAACAGAGGACAGUUAAGUCUAGGGGUCAAAGAGACAUCAUUGAUGCAGGGAUAACUAAAGUAAUUCUUAAAGACUACUAUGAAGUAAGGCUAGGAGAGAGAAACAAAAAAUAUUAAAUAUAGAAGCCAGGUAUGGUGGCAUGUAACCUGUCAUCUCUGCUCGCAGAUAGAGCAGAAAGACCAGAAGUCCAAAGCCAGUGUUAGCUAUAUAGCAAAUUCAAGGCCAACUUGAUCUCCACAAUACCUGGUCUAAAGAUGUCAACAUAAAGAUAAAGGAAUUCUAUAUACUCUAUACCAAACUUUGCUUAAGGAUUAGAAGUAGGAUUUGUAAUGUAAAAUCAUACUUUUGAGCCAAAAAUCAC